AUGGCAGUCAAGAGAGUGAAGAGACCUUUUAAUUUUCCAGUCGGAGAUAGUCCUGGUAAGCCGAAGAAUAAGAUACCAGCUUUUCCUCGACCUAGCUCAAGGAAGAGCCUGUUUUCACAGAAAGAAUCCACUGGUUUGAGUAAAAAGCCUAUCCCAUGGUCUGAUAACGAAACAACCUCUCUUGUCCAAUAUAUAUGUUUAUAUUGGAAAGAUGCUUGGACUAACAAGUGGCCAUCAACCAAAGACCCUGAAUUCUGGAAAGGAUGUGCAGAUGCUGUGAACAAAACAUGCAACUCAAAUCGAACAGGUAACUAA